GCAACUUAUAUGUUAGCGCGAGUUCUCACGUGUCCGUUUCUAUAGUAACAGUUAUUUGCAGGGACAAUAUUUUGUGUUUAGCGAGUUUGUAGUUUAUGUUUUAUAGAUUUUUUAUAAAGUUUGAAAUAAAACAUCCUUAAUAUAUUUGGAACAGCUUUGGAUUACAAAAUUAGCAAAUAUGCCUUCCAAGAAAAGUGGUAAGGUGAAGUCUCCAAAGCAAAGUAAAGCUGAAAAAGAAAAACUGAGAAAGGACGACGCCGAACUGUUGGAGAAAGAAGAGGAAAGAAUGUUAAAACUUCAACAAGAACGUAAAGAAAAGGAAGAACGCGAGAGAUUGGAAAAACAAGAAAAAGAGAGACUUGCGCAGCAGGAACGUGAGGCCCAUGAAGUUGAAGUCGAUGAACUCAAUGAGUUGCUGCGUGAGAAAUUCAAUGAAAUAAAAAGUGCAGAGAUAACUAACAAGGAAAACUUUAAAUGGUCAAGGUACAUGAUGUGUGACGGCAGUCCUAAUCCCAGAGAUUCCAAAGAGAUUAACACGUAUAUCAAUCUAUGGCGUGAAAAUACUGAGAGCAAACCUGUGCAUAAAACAAUUCAGGAUUGUCAAAAUGCAAUAAUGCUGAUUAAUGAACUGCAGCAUUAUCUUGACGAGGAGCCAUGUUUAGCUUAUGGUGAAAUACAGAGGCAUAAAGAAUCUAUUACGCAGCUUCAAUUAUUGAUUGGCGUCAAACUAGAUGAGGCAACGAUGCAUGUCCUUAAGUCAGGGGAUGAUUACAUCGACGUUGAUACUCAAAACAUACACUUGGAAAUAGCAUCUCGUUUUAUUUGUUUCAACAUCUGGGGAAAUAUAUCAAGAAAUCCUCGGAUAAAGACGGUGUCGUUUGAAAAAAAAGGCCUGCUUUUAGAGAUUCCCAAGUGUCUUUCCAUUGGAAAUAUCGUUAUUCGUUGUAUCUUUACCAACUAUGAUUAUUUUUCUGAGAGGUCCCGCCUGUUUAAUCCACCACCAAAGAUCCCUGAAACUUCAGUUGACCAUCAACAUGUUGUAGAAGUUACUAUCGAUGAGAGCUUCAAGGCACGUAGCGCGUCUCAACUCUCUGGUGCAAUCUUUACAACUAGGAGCAAAAAUAUUAAUAGUAGUUCUGGGAAAAUACCUGUCCCCAUUGAAGCUGUCUUGGAAUCUGUAAAGAUGGAGAAAACUUUAAACUCUGAUUUUGAGGAGCGAAACGGUGUCAGCGUUACUGAUCCAAAUAGAAAAGAUGAUUCGGUUAAAGAAAUUAAGUGUGACGUCGAGUUUGAUGAAGAUGAUGACGACGAUGUUGUGGACUUGAGAGCGUUUAGUACGUCAGAUAAAGUCAUUUAUUUGGAUUUGUAUGAGCUACCGCCACAACCCAGACUUGUCAAAAACUGGCAUAUACAACGAAUUGUUCCUUCUGAAUUGGUUGCCGUCCCAUUUUGUUACAAGUCAAAUAAAGCUGAAGUUACUAAAGCAAUUGAGAAUGAACUCCUCAAUGCUAAUGAAUCAGAGGCACAAACUCACAAGAAUACUACAGAAAUUGAAACAAUUGGCGUGAGACUGAGAUUACCAGCAGAUGUAUCGUACUUUGAGCAACCGCAAGUAGCAAGAUGGGAGGCGUCUAAGAAUCACUGGAGAUUGGAUGGUCUUAGUGAUAUACAUUAUGAUGAACAAACAAAUAUGUUGUCCUUUAGAGUGGAUCGAUUUGCGCCAAUUGCAAUAUUUCAGGAUGUAUACGUGAACAUGCCAUUUCAAUCGUGGGAAAUCCGCCCACAUGGUCUUAACAGCUGUAUCUUCACGAUUGUUGCAGCUGCUAUUGAUCUUGAAAUUGAAGUAAAGGAAGGAGUUUGCUGUGUAGCACAAGCUAAAGAUAACAUCCAGCGCUUACGACAUCUUCAAGGAAUUUGGUUGACUCCUAAAGAGCUGAUAAAGAAUUUGAAGUGUGCAGGAGUAAACGUAUUUCCAGCUGUAGAUGCGGAAAAGUACGUUAGUGUAAAUGUCAAGAAUUUGGUGUUAGAAAAAAACUUGUACGAGCAAAUGUCCCUGACAGCCUCCGCAUUUUCUUAUUGUUGGAGUCGCUGGAACACAGUUAGUGGUACAGAAAGGAUUAUUGUACAAGCCGUAGAACAAGAAACAAACAAGCAGCCCUUGGACGAUGACUGGUCUAUCUACAUGGCAAAAACUGAAAACUGCUGUAAACUAAAAUUAAAUGAGUAUGAUGAAAUGUUCACCGAUGAUGUGGCUGAAAAUACUAAGCUUCAUGCAGACUUGUAUCACAUGGUGCUAGAUGGUGCUUCCAGAUCAUCCAUUACAAAAGUCCGCGACACUUCAUUUAAGUUCUUCAAUAGCGUUUUACAACUUUUGAGUGCCACCAAAGUUCUGACGUAUUCUUAAGGAAUUUUUUUACUGUUUUUUUUGUUUAAUCUGGCAAUUUUUGCUGUUUCAACGAUUCUUUAUAAUUUUCUUGUCAAUGGAUUCCAUGGAGAGUUAACAUUGGCUACAUUUGCUUAGAAGUGGACGCUUAGCACAAGUAUAAGUAAUUUUCUUACGAUGCAUGGUAGUCAGCAUGGGUAAAUUUUAAUCCAUGUAUGAUAGUUUGCUAAGUCGACGUAAUUGAUAUAUGUUUGCAAUCAUUAAUUUGUUUCAAUUAGCAACACAA